UCUGUUUCCCCAACCCAGACUAAGUCCUGGACCUAAAAGACCAGUGUGGAGAAUCUCUAUUGAUCAGGGAUAGGCUUGAUCUGUGUCCAGGAAACCAACCCUGUUUCAUUAACAUUUCAACUCACUCAAAAUGAGUCCGGAUUAUUAUGGCAUGAUCAUCAAGGUGUACAGUGAAGAUGGCGCAGGGAAUGUGGUGGAGGUGCCAGCUGAUAUGAGGGCCAGAGACGUGUGUCAGUUCCUGGUCUAUAGGAGCCACUGUCUGGACGACAACAGCUGGAGCCUGGUGGAGCAUCACCCACUACUGGGCCUCGAGCGUUGUCUGGAGGACCAUGAGUUGGUGGUUCAGGUUCAAGCCUCUAUGCCCAGUGACAGUAAAUUCCUCUUCAGGAAGAACUAUGACAAGUAUGAGUUCUUCAGGAAUCCCUUGAACUUCUUCCCGGAGCAGAUGGUGGCGUGGUGUCAGGAAUCUAACGGCUCCAUCCCCCACUCACAGCUCUUACAGAACUUCCUAAACUCCAGCAGCUGUCCGGAGGUGCAUGGGUUCCUCUAUCUGAAGGCAUCAGGGAGGAAAUCCUGGAAGAGACUCUCCAUGUUCCUCAGACGCUCUGGACUUUACUACUCCACUAAAGGAUCGUCCAAGGAGCCCAGACACCUCCGGUUGUUGUCAGACCUGGAGGACAGUAGUGUGUUCACAGUGACAACAGGGAGGAAGCUGCACAACGCCCCCGCAGACUACACGUUCUGUAUCAAGCCCAGUAAGGUGAGGAGUGAGUGCAAGGAGCUGAGGAUGCUGUGUGCCGAAGAUGAACAGAGCAGAACCUGCUGGAUGACUGCCUUCAGACUCUUAAAGUAUGGAAUAUUACUGGAUCAGAACUACAAGAGUCCCCAGCAAAGGAUGUCUCCGGUCCCACAUUUCUCUACUCCUGUGAGGAGUGUGUCUGAGAACUCUCUGGUGGCCAUGGACUUCUCUGGCAGGACGGGACGCGUCAUAGAGAACCCUCUGGAAGCAGUGAGCGCCGCUGUGGAGGAGGGACAGACAUGGAGGAAACGGGGUCAGCGUAUGAAGGCUCUUGGCAGCCCCAGCCCCUUCCAGCCCUCUUCUCUCAGCUCAGUGAUCCACAGAACACAGCUAUGGUUCCGUGGUCGCAUCAGGAGAGAAGAGUCCCACAAGAUGAUCAUGCAACAAGGACAAGUAGACGGGUUGUUCCUGCUGAGAGACUGUCAGAGUAACCCCAAGGUGUUUGUCCUGACCCUGUGCCACCACCAGAAGAUCAGACACUUCCAGAUCCUACCGUGUGAGGAGGAAGGUCAGAUGUCCUUCAGUCUGGACGACGGCUCCACCAAGUUCACAGACCUGAUCCACCUUGUGGAGUUCUACCAGCUCAACAGAGGGGUGCUGCCCUGCAAACUCAAACACCCCUGCACUGUUGUGGCCUUGUGACCCUUCACCCCUGACCUCUGACCCCUGAACCAUGAUCUCUGCCCCCUAGUCUCACUACACCACCCUCUGUCUGCAGUUAAAUUCUCUACCCCUCGUUCGCUCGUUCGUCAUGGAUCUAAAGGGAAGGAAUGAAGGAAGCUGAUGGCAUAUGCUUAGUUACAUCAAUCCAAAGCUUUUAAAAAUGAGUGGGAGUAAGCAAGUCCACAUUUUAGAGAGAGGGGUGGGGUAUUCAAACCUUGCCACACAUAAGGACGGACAGACAAACAUAUGUGGUGAACUAUCGUGUUCUAUGGAUAUCUAUGGAUCCAACCAAGCCCGUUUCCUUCUCCUUCAUCCACCUCAGAUAGACAGACGGACAGGGGGCUGGGCUCCCCUCACUUCCUUAAUGAUCAUCAGGGAUAGACAUGGAUCGAAUCGAUCACAAUAAUCGACGAUAUCUCAAAUCAAUAUGUGCAGUACAGUCUUUAUAAGCUGAUCACCUGAUGCUUCAUGCUACCUGGGGAGCUGAUGUUGCCUGGGAUGCAUCCUACUCUUCCUCUGCUAUACUUACUGGACCAACCAUCCAACUAACUCACCGAGACUUUAUACAGGGCCCUAGGAGGAGAAAAAGAAAACUCCAAAAAGAAAACUCCUUUCAAACAAAUGGCCAAGACGUUUGUUUGAAAGGGCAGAUGAAUGUUUGAGUUGGGGACUUCCCUGUCAGAGCUGAUGACAUUGUAUUACUGUUGUAGAACUAUUUGCACUUCUGAACAGACAGCCGACAGUUCUCUUCUGAGCUGGAUGAAGCUGAACGCUCCUUCUCAACCCCCUCUUCCUCCUUUCUUUCUUCUCCUCUUGUCCUUCUCCUCUUUCUACUCCUACUCCUCUUUUCUGCGUGAAAAAUCCCAGCCUACUGAUUGGAUUAGCACUGUGUUGGACAGGACUGAGAGGCGUGGCUGAGCGUGCCCUUGCCAUGCUAUUGGGAAAGGUGACAGCUAGGCGGCUCCGCUCCUGAAAUCCUCACCAACCUUUUCAUUCCUACUCCGUUCGGCUCCAUCUGAUCCCAUCAGAACAUUUAGAAAACCAUUACCAUUCCCUGGAAUCAGGCGGAAAGUUCAGAGUGUUGAUAACGGGACAGAGGGAAGAGGAGAAGUCUCACAUAGGUCCCCGGAAAACCUGCCCCCUGCACUGUCACUUGAAACUGUCAAGAGUUAAAACUGGAGUCUUUCAGUCUAUGUUCCAAUGUCCACACUAAUAUAGCACUUAGAACAUAUGUCCAAGACCUUGUUACACUCUUAGUAGUGUGCUAGUGUAACAGUAUAACUUUAGGCCGUCCCCUCGCCCAUACCCAGGCGCGAACCAGGGACCCUCUGCACACAUCAACAACAGUCACCCUCGAAGCAUCGUUACGCAUCGCUCCACAAAAGCCGCAAGGGGAACCACUACUUCAAGGUCUCAGAGCAAGUGACGUCACCGAUUGAAACACUAUUUAGCGCGCACCGCUAACUAAGCUAGCCGUUUCACAGCCGUUACAUUAGUACUGUAUGUGGGUAUUGGAACAGAACCUCAUCACAGCCAGACUGUAUUUUAUUAAUGUCAAUCAGUGUUCUCCAAGUCAGUUGUACGCUUCUCACUGCACAGUCAGCAUGAUGCUGUGUUUAAAUACUAUUUGAAAUCAUUUCAAAUAUACUAUAUGUGCUUGAUUGGGCUUGCCUUGCUUAAUAGACCAAUAGAACUGUCUCAAAACUGCAAACCCUACCCAUCUGGCUAGAGCAAACACCCAAAGCAUUUGAAAGAUUUCAAAUAGUACUUUUAACACAGGUCAGACCAAUAGGUGUGAGAGGGCAUUAAUUCUCAGAACACAGGAAACCAAUUAAACCACCCCCAACAUGUAUUGUAUUUAUCUUGAUUAAAAUAAUGACUUGAGAUGUAGGAUUGGUGGGCAGUGCAGCAGCCCACAGUCUCCUCACCUUAAAGUGGGCAUGGUGAGCUGUGUGUGCGUAUGAAAUCAUGCUAUUAUAAUUUACAUAAUACAUUUCAGAUAGAUGUUCCAAACCCUGGAAACAAGGGUCCAGUAAUAAUGUUUCUGUGAGUAUUGGGACCCGUCCUGUCCCGUUCUGUCUUAUCCUGUCCCAUUCUGUCUUAUCCUGUCCAGUUCUGUCUUAUCCUGUCUAGUCCCAUCCCGGCCCAGACCGUCCAGUCCUGUCCUUCUCAGUUGCCCUAGCGUGAGACAGCAAAGAUGUUGGCCUAGCAAAAAAUCAUCAAGGAAGAAUGGGAGAAAAUCCCCAAAUCCAGAUCUGCAAAGCUGAUGUAGACAUACCCAAGACUACUCAAAGCUGUAAUCUCUGCCAAUGGUGCUUCUACAAGUAUUCACACCCUUGAGUCAAUAUUUUAUGUAAAUCAGAUAAUUCUGUAUUUCAUUUUAAAUUAGCAACAAAUUCUAAAAACAUGUUUUCACUUUGUAAUUAUGGGUUAUUGUG